UCAGACCAGAACGUGAAGGAGAUGGACAGGCUGCCAGGUGGUGGUCCUCAGGCUGAUCUGACCAACGCUGCUGUUGGAGGCCAUGGUGCCACAUCUGCCCCGGUGGGCCAGCUGCAUCCGAGUGUCCAGUUCAACCACGUCCCAGAGGAGAUCGCCAAACUUUUGGAACACCUAAUUCAGAGAGAAAGAGACUACCAGAGCUUCCUCCAGCAAACUCUGGAGCAAAAAACUCAAGAGCUAUAUCAGCUGCAGCUCAGCACGCAUGCUCCUGCCAAGGAUCCUGGGCUCUCUCAAGGUCAGAGGACACAAAUGAGUCUGUUAGACUGGUUGAAGCUACAAGGAGCUGACGCAGGCAUCAUUGAAAAGAUCGUUGAGGAAGGCUACCUGCUGUCUGCAAUUCCUAGUGACAUCACUAAGGAGAAUCUGAGCCAUCACCACCUGUGGGGUGGCCUCCUCUGCCAGUUCUGGAAUGCCCUCUCCUGGGAUGGAAGCAGGCUUGGUGGGCCUCACUAAACCACCAGUAGGCCCAUGGUGACGUCGGAUUUGUCUGUUAUGUGCACACAAUACAUUAGCAAGAU